UAACGCACUUGAAACGUUGGGGGAGUUUUUUUUUGGUUUCACGGUGGCAAGCGCUGAACUUUACUUCACACGAGCUCGCCAUCCUUUGGAUGCAUAUUUAUUCUGUACUUUUCUGCGGCAGGACAUUAGGUGGAAGGUGUGAUUUUUGCUUUGAGCCUCGCAAGGUUUUUUUUUGUGUUUGCUUUACAUUGCACUAUACCAAAACGCGUUCUACGAGAUCAAGAUUCCUAGUUAUUGCGGAGGACUUUUAUGUAUUGAUAAUAUAUUUCUUCACACUAGCAGAGAGCAUGAGGAUAUAAAAGGGGGUAAUCGCUCGGGACGCAGUUCAUUCUUCCACGGAUGCAUAUUGAGGAGGAUCAAGAAGAUGUAGGAAGAAUGGGAUAAUUCUACG